UUAGCUCGACUAUUUGAUAAGAAUAAGUAGAGCUAUUGCAGUCACCCGAGCUUCGGCGUCAGCGUUGGCGUCUGCGUCGGUGUAACCACUUAUGUUAAAGUUUUUGUAAUAGUUCAAAUAUUUUCAAAGUCCAUUGACAUAUGGCUUUGAAACUUUGCACACUUGUUCACCAUCAUGACCCCAACCUGUAGACAGGAGGAGGUAACUCUAUCAAGCAUUUUGACAGAAUUAUGCCCCUUUUUCGACUUAGAAUUUACGUUAAAGUUUUUGUAAUACCUCAAAUAUUUUCAAAGUCCAUUGACAUAUGGCUUUGAAACUUUGCACACUUGUUCACCAUCAUGACCCCAACUUGUAGACAGGAGGAGGUAACUGUAUCAAGCAUUUUGACAGAAUUAUGCCCCUUUUUCGACUUAGAAUUUAUGUUAAAGUUUUUGUAAUACCACAAAUAUUUUCAAAGUUCAUUGACAUAUGGCUUUGAAACUUUGCACACUUGUUCACCAUCAUAACCCCAACCUUUAAACAGGAGGAGGUAACUGUAUCAAGCAUUUUUCUUACUAUCAAGCACUAAGAAUAGUCGAGCGUUGCUGUCCUACCGACAGCUCUUGUUUAUGUACUAGAGGAGGGGUGUCAUGCUUAAAAGUUAAAAAUGUUAAAUUCAUAAAUAUAGGUGAAUUGUACAAGUGAAAGAUGUAUUUAUUAAUUGUUACUUUACUUCAGGGUCUUUUUUCUAUCAAGGAAAUACAAGCAGACAAGACGGACAGUCAAGACACACUUUGUAAGGUAUUAUCAAGAAUUUGUGUUCCAGAAAAUGCGACCCUUGGCCUAUGUAAAACUACACAUAGUACUGAUGUUUGUGAUAAAACAUUUACUCAACAAAGUUCUCUGAACGCACACAUGACAAUACAUACUGGCGUGAAAAUUAUGUCUGUAAAAUGUGUGAUAAGGCAUUUUCUAAACAACGUGAUCUUAUCAGACAUAUGACAAUACACACUGGUGAGAAGAAUCAAAGAUGUGAAAUAUGUGAUAAAGCAUUUUCUCAUCAACAUUAUGUUUUUAAACAUAUGGCAACACAUACUGCUGAGAAAAAUCAUAAAUGUGAAGUCUGUGAUAAAGCGUUUUCUAGACGAGACAAUCUUAUCAGACAUAUGACAAUUCACACUGGCGAAAAAAGAUAUCAAUGUGAAGUGUGUAAUAAAGCAUUUUCUCGCGGAAGUACACUGAAAAUACAUAUGACAAAACACACUGGGGAUAAGAAACAUAAGUGUGAGGUGUGUAAUAAACCAUUUUCUAGAAAAAGUUAUCUUAGCAGUCAUAUGACAAUACACACUGGUGAGAAGAAUUAUAUAUGUAAAGUGUGUGAUAAAGCAUUUUCUCUACGAAAUAAUUUGAUCAGUCAUAUGAUAAUACACACUGGCGAGAACACCCAUAAGUGUGAAGAGUGUGUUAAAACCUUUACUACAUGGAGUAAUCUUCUCACACACAUGACUGUAGCACACACUGUGGAGAAGAAAUAUAAGUGUGAAGUGUGUGAGAAAGCAUUUUUUCUACAAAGAUCAAUGAAAAGACAUAGGAUCAUACACACUGUUGAGAAGAAAUAGAUAGAGUAUGUAAAUUAUAUCCUCUCAUUGCGGUUAUCUUAUUACAUAUAUUGCAAAACAUGCUGGCCAGAAAAGACACAAAAGUGAAAUGUGUUAAAUAGCGUUUUCUACACUAGGUUGUCCUUUCACACAUAUGGCAAAAAAUAUUGGUGAAACAUUACACAAAUGUAAAAUUGGUUGUAAAGCAUUAAAGUAGUCUUAUCAUAUGUAUGGAAAAACAUGCUGGCAAGACAAAACAUAAUUGUGAUUUGUGUGAUUAAGCUUUUCUCAUCAUGGUUCUUUUAACAAACAUAUGAUAUAACUCACUAGUGAGAUUAACACUGUGAAAGACAUUUGAUAAAACACGAACGACUAUUGAAAGAAAGGACAAAUGGUUGAACAUGACAAAGUAUAUGUGAUUGGUGUGAUAUAGGCUUUUUAGUCCCCUACCGGUUUACCGGAGGGGACUUUAGGUUUACCCUCCGUCCGUCUGUCUGUCUGUCCGUCCGUCUGUCCGUCCGUCUGUCUGUCAGUCCGUCAGUCCGUCCGUCCGCAAAACUGGAUCCCGCGAUAACUUGAAAAGUACUGAAAAUAUUUUUAUGAAACUUGGUAUAUGGAUAAAUGGCAGUAUGGAGAUUAUGCACGUCUUUUUCUUUUCUUCCUAUGUUGAAAAUUCUGGUUGCUAUGGCAACAAAUAGGCUGAAAAUAUGGCAAAUUUUACACAUAAACUGGAUCCAGUGAUAACGCAAAAAGUACUGGAAAUAUUUUUAUGAAACUUUACAUAUGGGUAGAUGGCAGUCUUGAGAUUAUGCACGUCUUUUUCUUUUCUUCCUAUGUUGAAAAUUCUGGUUGCUAUGGCAACAAAUAGGCUGAAAAUAUGGCAAAUUUUACACAUAAACUGGAUCCAGUGAUAACGCAAAAAGUACUGGAAAUAUUUUUAUGAAACUUGAUAUAUGGAUAGAUGGCAGUAUGGAGAUUAUGCACGUCUUUUUUUUUUCUUCCUAUGUUGAAAAUUCUGGUUGCUAUGGCAACAAAUAGUCUGAAAAUAUGGCAAAUUUAACACAUAAACUGGAUCCAGUGAUAACUCAAAAAGUACUGAAAAUAUUUUUAUGAAACUUAUUUUAUUAUGUUUUGUGGUCGAUAUUUUCAAAUACAGACUUCAUCCUCAAAUUCAUUAUAAAUGGCAAUACACAGGAGUGUAUGACAAUUAAAGAACUUUUUGAGGGACCGGUAGGGGACUACUGUAUUGCCCGCAAUACUAUCAAAUGCUUGUUCAUCAAGGUCCUUUGAAGAAACAUGUGAAUUUUGUGACCAUUGAUUUUUUUUGAAACAAGUGGUUUAAUCACACAAUAUGUUGAUACACAUUGUAGAGGUUUAUAAGCAUGAACUUUAAUUUACGAUCAGAGUUUAGUGUACAACUUGUACAUUUGACCUUCACACACAUAAUUAUCAUAAAUUAUAAGUUACAUUGUAUGUAAAUUUAUUUUAUGCAAUAAACAUAAUUAUUAUAAAUUAUAAGGUACAUUGUAUAUAAAUUUGUUUUAUGCAAUAAAGAGUUUGUUCACCAAAGUCUUCAUUAGACAAUUCACACUGAUGUGAUGACUUACAUAAUUAUGUGAAAAAUAUGAUCAGUUAUCAGCCGACAGAAGUACUCAAAACACAUAUGUGAAUUUAUUCUCAGGAGAAGGAACAUAGAUGCAACAUUUGCAAGAAAUCAUAAAUUGAACGAUGUUAUCUUACCAGAAAUAUGAUAAUACAAACUGGAUAGGAAAAAUAAUGAUGCAAAUUUGACCCUGAAACACAUAUGACUUAAUAUAAUAUACAUUGCAUUAUGACUAAAUAUAAUAAAC